AUGGGGAAGAGGUGUUUGAAGGAUACCGGCCUGCAUCACAUGCGUCUGCUCGUUCUCAUCACGCGCAUCUCCACCGUCUGCUUCCUCCCACUCUGGGUCCUCUUUGACCUCCGCAGGAUCGUACAUGAUGAACAUUUUUUAAACAGCAAUAACAAGUUAUACAUGAUGAUGAUGUUGUUAUGUGACGGCCUCUGCAACAUGGGCCACAACAUCUUCGCCUUCACCCUCCUCUCCAUAGUGACAUCUCUCAGCUAUGCUGUAGCCAAUGCCACCAAGAGAAUAUUUAUUAUAAGUGGAUCAUUAUUGGUGCUGAAGAAUCCAGUGACUCCAACAAAUAUAUUAGGAAUGUUGGUGGCCAUAUUUGGAGUGUUGUCUUAUAAUAAGGCCAAAUAUGACCAGAACCAGGCUAUCAAGAAAGCACAUACCUUGCCCUAUGUCCGCAGUGAACCAGACUUCUUCAAGCACCACACCAGUCUUCCCCACUCAAAGAGCGACGUCAACCUUUAUGACAGUCAAGCCCAACAAAAUGGCCACAUCUUGUUACGAGAAUGGCACAACAAUGAUCACGUGACUAUCAUACCUAUAGCUGAACACAAGCCAGAAAAAGCGGAAUCGACUCUGCGACAGACGAAGUCGGCAACAACACAAGCUCACGCUCGAGUGGUACAUCAUGUUUGA